AUGUUCACCACGCCACCGCCGCUGCGCAAGAUGGUACAAACUCGCAGCGCGCACGAACGGGAGAAGAUGGCGCUUCUAGAACAAUCCACCCGGGAUGGACCAUCUGGUCUCGACGUCAACGUGGCGACGUCUGAGAAAAUAACUACCAAGAACGAGCUGAAGGCAUGCGAGCCGCCCGUACGAAAAGUGGGUAGCUGCAUGAAGAUGGAAAUUGGCUGCCACAAAUCUUCCACCUCCAAGAAGAUGUCCAUGGCAUCAAGCAAGCGGUCCAUUGAGGCGAGGAAGAAACAGCUGGAGCUGGAAGCAGCAGAAGCGAUCGCCAAUAUCAAUAAAAAGCUGAUCGAAAAGAAACUGGAAGCGGACAUCGCCGCACUAGAAGACUGUUCUAAAAAUAGUGCCGCGUCAUACUCAUCAGUGAACGUGUCACAAAAGGUGGAACAGUGGUUAGAACAUAGCCAUCACGACGCUAACGAUCCGCCGCGGCCAUCAACCAUACCGCCGCCGCCCGGUGAACCACGCCACGACGCGGCCGCCCUACCCUCAACCGUGCGCGAUAUCGCGCAGUCGCCGCCGCCGCCGCCGCCGCCGCCAGCGCAGCCGCCCUCGGACAUGCAGCAGCUGGUCCAGGCCAUGAAGGACAUCGCCGUCGCCGCAGCUACGAGUACUCCGCACUCCCAGAUGCUGAGCCGUCUGUCCACGCCGAGAGAUCUACCUACCUUCGCCGGCGAUCCACUGGAAUGGCUGAACUUCGUGCAGGCCUAUGAAGAAUCUACAGAGGUCUGUCACUUCACCCCCAAGGAAAACAUGUGGAGGCUGAGGAAGUGUCUCCGUGGUCCUGCUCGGGACUCCGUCACGGCGCUGCUGGUGACGGCCGCCGCGCCCGAGACGGUGAUGGGCGCCCUGCAGCUGCAGUAUGGAAACCCUGACGUCAUCCUGCCCAGGAUCAUACAGGAUCUAAAUCGGCUACACGCAGUCAUUAAGGGUAAGGUUAAUGAACCGUAUGCUACACUCACACCGCUGGGGUGGUGCCUCCACGGCUGCGUGCCACACUCACCCGCCGGGGCCGCCUGCCACUCCUCACUGCUCGUCUGCUGCCGGGAACCGGAGGAAGAGUCGGAGUGCCAGCGCAUCCUGCGUGACAUGCACGACGAGGUGCGACGCUCCUUCACCAUCGAGUCCAUGGGUGUCUCGCAGAAACCGCGGCAAAACUCGCUGGACGUUCAAGCAGUGGACCAUCUGGACCGGAAUUCUGUGUUGCUGAAUGGAAGGUGGUACGUCGGCUUACCGUGGAAAACAGCUGAUGUUAACCUGCCUAACUCGAAACCUAACGCUAUGAAACGUCUGGAGAACGUGGAGAAGAAGAUGAAGGCCAACGAAGGUUUUUCCCUCAGGUACAGGGAACGGGUGCAACACCUACUGGACAAUGACUUCGCCGAGGAGCUGACGUGUACACGUACUUCGCCUAGAAUUUGGUACCUACCUCACUUCGGGGUCGACAACCCGAAUAAGAAAAAACUGAGAUUAGUAUACGACGCCGCCGCUAAAACUGAUGGAUUUUGUCUCAAUGACUAUCUACUAACGGGUCCUGACCUACUUAUGUCGCUGUAUGGAAUUAUGUUACGCUUCAGGGAAAAAAGAAUAGCCGUGACAGGAGACAUAAAGGACAUGUUUCUUAGGAUUAAAAUUAAUCCUGAGGAUCAAGAUGCAUUGAGAUUUCUAUGGCGCGACCAACCGGAAGUACCUGUGAAAACCUACGUGAUGACGUCACUAAUAUUUGGCGCCAGCUGUUCACCAUUCAUCGCACAGUAUGUGAAGAAUAAAAAUGCACUCAGGUACGAGUCUUCGAUGCCGGCCGCCGUCCACGCGAUAUGUAAACAACACUACGCAGAUGACUAUAUAGAUAGUAUAGACGACGAAAAUACCGCUAUACAGCUUGUGAAGGAUAUUGUUUACAUUCACAGUCAGGGUGGUUUCGAGAUAAGAAAUUGGACAAGCAACUGCUCAGCUGUUUUGGAUGGGUUGCCUCAAGAAUCUCUGGGCAAUACAGCUGUUAAUUUGAAUAUGGACCAACAUAAUCAAGGUGAACGAACUCUUGGCCUUAUCUGGUAUCCGAAGAAUGACUGCCUUAGCUUCGACGUCUCGCUGAAGAAAAUUCCUGAAAAUAUAAGGGACGGUUCUAAGAAACCCACGAAAAGGGAAAUGCUGCGGGUUAUAAUGUCCAUCUUCGAUAUACUGGGGUUUCUUUCACCAUUUACGAUAAAAGGAAAGAUUAUGUUACAAUGUACCUGGAAAAAUGGAUUACAAUGGGAUGACGUCAUCACUGAUAGCAUUCAUGAAAAAUGGUCUGAAUGGAUAACUUUAUUACAGCGCGUGGGCUCAUUAAGCGUGCCCCGUUAUUAUCAAAUUCCAAUGGGUGCGAGCGAGAAAGAAGAUGUACUGAAUGUACUGAAUAACAUCGGGCCGGUCUCGCCUAGCAACAGUGACGCGCCGCCUCCAGCUGGCUAUACAAACUUACAGCUACAUAUAUUUUGCGAUGCGUCGACUCAAGCUAUGUGUGCUGUGGCUUACUGGCGCUGGGAAACUAAUGUUAUUCGAACAGCAUUCGUAUCGAGUAAAUGCAGGGUUGCUCCUGUGAAACACAUGUCGGUGCCGCGAUUGGAGCUACAGGCAGCACUUCUAGGAGCUCGGCUCGCUGAUAACAUUGAAAGGGAACACACAAUGAAGCCUAUCAAAAGGAUAUUUUGGAGCGAUUCUAGUACUGUUCUACACUGGAUAAAAAAUGAUGCAAGAAAUUAUAAAUCAUUUAUUGCGCAUCGGCUAGGGGAGAUUGAUGAACUCACGCACACCAGCGAAUGGAGAUAUGUACCUACGAGUGUGAAUGUCGCCGAUGUUGCUACGCGGGAAACUUGCGAGUUUUCGGUGUUCGAGAACGAGUGGUUUCAUGGCCCGGCGUUCCUCCUCGACGAUGAGUCAUCAUGGCCGCGGGGAAUACUUACUCCUCAAGUGAACGAGUUGGACCUGGAAUGCAUAACGAUUGUACAAACGAACCCGUUGGACACACGAUUCGUUCCUGACCCGCUGAAAUUUUCAUCAUGGUUGCGGCUACUCAGAUCUACGUGCGUUAUGAUAUCAUUUAUUGAUAUAAAAAUUAAGAAACUUACCGGUGCCAUUAACGGAGAUAUGAUGAUAAGAGCUGAAAGGUUAUUAAUUAAAUAUGCGCAGAUGCAGAGCUUCGCCGAUGACCUGAAGGACCUGAAAAAGAAAAACACAUUAAGUAAAUCAAGUAAAUUACUUACCUUGUCACCUUACCUGGACGACUUCGGAAUCCUGCGUGUUGGAGGUCGCAUCGAAGCUGCGCGCGACGUGCCCGCAGACAUGAAGCACCCCGUCAUCCUCGAUGGCCGCCAUCACAUCGCUCGCCUUAUAGUCAAGCACUUACACAUCCGUGCUGCUCAUGGGAAUCAUGAAACUGUCGUCAACAAGCUGAAACAAAAAUACUGGGUGCUGAAAAUUCGACCAACUGUGAAGCGAGUAGCCAUGGAAUGUAUGGUCUGCAGAAUAAGAAAGGCUGAACCUAGACCACCUAGAAUGGGCGACUUACCGGAAGCACGCAUGGCCCACCAUCAACGCCCCUUCACCUUCUGUGGGCUUGACCUGUUCGGCCCAAUGGAAGUCACUGUGGGAAGAAGGAGGGAAAAAAGAUACGGCGUCCUCUUCACGUGUCUGACUGUGCGAGCCAUACACAUAGAACUGGUGGCUACACUGACCACAGACUCCUUAAUAAUGGCGCUACGCAGACAAGCCUGUCGUCGUGGGUGGGCACAGCAGCUGUUCUCAGACAACGGAACUAAUCUACGCGGCGCAGACACUGAACUGAGGAGAUCAAUACAGGACUUGGAUCAACAAGUUUUAAAGUCAGCUGCUAUCAACUACGGAACCACUUGGACAUUUAUUCCACCUACAAGCCCACACUGGGGUGGGGCGUGGGAGAGACUUAUUCGUUCAGUCAAGGCGUCACUAAAGAUAAUCCUGAGGGAACGCGCCCCUAGAGAAGAAGUCCUACUCACUCUGAUGGCCGAAGUGGAACAAAUUGUCAACAGUCGUCCGCUGACGCAUGUCAGUGUUGAGCCUGGAUCGAGCGAAGCGCUCACACCUAAUUAUUUUCUGCUGGGGUCAUCGUCGAACCUACCUGUCCUCGGAGAAUUCUGUGAAUCAGACCUGUACCUGCGAAAACAAUGGAGGAUUUCGCAACGGCUGGCAGAUAUGUACUGGUCUCGCUGGGUAAAAGAAUUUCUGCCGGAACUGAUACCUAGAAGAAAAUGGACGGAUGAAGUACCACCUAUAAAAGUUGGUGAUCUGGUGGUGAUAGUGGACGGGAACGCCCCGAGGAACAUGUGGCUGCGAGGCGUCGUGGAGGCGGUGCUGCCGGGCAAGGACGAGCGAGUGAGGGUGGUGGACGUGCGCCACCCGCGCCGGGCUGGUGAGGCGCCCCGCGACCCGCGUCGCAACUAUACCUGUAGGUUAGGAGUGCUGCCUCAGCACUAG